CUGUUGAGGACAAAAUGCGACGUCGCAAUGGCGUGGAGAUCCCGUUCUUCGGUCUCGGGACAUCGCAUAACGGAGGGUACUCUCAUGAAGAUGUCGUGGCAAGCAUCCAGCUUGGUGUGCGCACCAUCGACACAGCGACGCGAAUGGAUGCAAGUCGCGGAUCGCCACGGCCAUUCCCACAGCCAAGUCCUUCGCCAGGAAUUUUAAUCUUCUACGACGACAAUGGCCACGAUAAUGCAAUCAAAAGUGCAGAGGCUUCGCAUUCCCGCCUCAAAACCAAUUACAUUGACAUAUACGUCCUGCAAUGGUUCGACAUCGACCAAGCCCAAUCGGCGGAUCAGCGCCGACACCUGGUCCUCGUGCAUCUGUACUCGAUCAGCAAAGCGCGAGCGAUCGGUGUGGGCAAUCUCGUGCAGUCGCAUCUAGAACAACUGGAAGCCGACUUUCACGUUACUGGCAUCGCCGAGAUGCCACACAUAAGCUAAGUCGAGUGCCAUUGCUACAACCACCCCAAGGAGAUGAUUGGGUACUGCAGACAAGCAGGAAUUGCGUUCAAGGGAUAUUGCGCUCUGGAAACAGCCGCGAGGGUCAUAACCGUCGGAUCUGACGGUUGUGGCCCUCACAUGCCAGUACAAGUGCACCCCCGCACUGGUGUGUAGUUGACGGAACCUCCAGCA